AUGAAGUUCUCCAUCGUCUUCGCCGGCCUCUUCGCCUCCGCCACCAUGGCCUCCCCCCAGGGCAACAUCACCCCCAACACCAUGGGCGCCCUCGAGCGACGCGCCUCCUUCCCCAUCCCCGCCUCCAAGGGCUCCGUCACCUACAAGAAAGUCCAGACCAUCUCCGGUGUCUUUGACGGCGGCAUGAAGACCUACGGCCGCGGCGUCAAGUGCACUGGCCAGGCCGAGGGCGGUGACGCUGAUGCCGUCUUCCUCCUCAAGAACGGCGCUACCCUCAAGAACGUCAUCAUUGGCGCUGAUCAGAUCGAGGGUGUUCACUGCGAGGGCUCUUGCACCAUUGAGAACGUCUGGUGGAAGAAGGUCUGCGAGGAUGCUCUCUCCCUCAAGGGCGAUGGCAACGCUCUCAUCAAGGGUGGUGGUGCCACCGGUGCUGAUGACAAGGUUAUCCAGCACAACGGUCUCGGAACGGUCACCAUUGAUGGCUUCACCGUUGUCGACUUCGGUAAGCUCUACCGAUCUUGCGGUAACUGCAAGAAGAUGGGUACCCGCAACGUUGUCGUCAAGAACGUCAAGGCCUUCAACGGAAAGGUCCUCACUGGCAUCAACUCCAACAAGGGUGACGUCUCCACCAUCACUGGAACUUGCGCUUCUUCCGUCAAGGAGAUCUGCGUUGAGUACGAGGGUACCGUUCCCGGCAAGGAGCCCAAGAAGCUCGGCUCUGGUCCCAGCAAGGCCUGCAAGUACUCUUCCGUCAAGUCUUGCUAA